UUUAGUUGCUUGGCAUUUGUAGAUACAUUAGGACCUUCGAUAUUUUGUGACUGGAAGCACGUAGAAAACAAAGCGACACAACAUGCCACAAAUAAGUAGUUUGGAGGACAAGCGAAACCCAAAGAGUUUCAACGGAGGCGGUGGCGACAGCGGCGACGGAGAGGAGCCCUGGAUGGACAAGUUCACCUACUACGUCUGCCCGGUGUGCGUGCAAACUGCCGAGUCGCCGAGGGUGAGCUUCUGCGGCCACCACUUCUGCGCCAAGUGCAUUUCCAACUGGAUCAAGACGCAGGAAUACAGCGCCAACUGCCCCUACUGCCAGUCCCUGAUCGGCGAGAACACCCUCAUCACCAUACGCCAUAAGCACCAAGCGAACACAAUGGAGAGCUCCAGUUCGUGCAGAUCCCUUGACGAGCAGCGCCGCCAGAUGCGCAUGAGCAGCGACUACAUCAGCGAGCUGAUCAUUCUGCCGGAGGCCGGCAUGUUCACACGCGGCCAAAUUGGGUAUCCGGCGGACCCUAUGCCCAGGAUCAAGCCCCUGCCGCCCCAGAUGCUACAGCAAUGGUCGAGUAUUCCCAUUGAGCGCAAGUUCGUCUCACCCACGCUGCACCAGCGCUUCAUUACCCUCGCAAUCUUUCUCUUUAUGUUCGCCAUGUACCAGCACAUGGCACGUGUACCUGCCUAAGAUCGAUUUUGCUACCAAGUCGCCUGCUCGAGUCAGGUGCCUAAUUAUUCCCGUCUGUGAUGCCUCAGUGAGAUGUAGCACCCAACAAAUCUCCUUUUACCAACACAUUCCUUUUGUUUUUCAGUUCAGUUUGAAAUUCAGUUUUUAUUUCCUAUCUUAUUUAGCACCUGCCCCCUCACACGUAAAUAAACUUCUCUUCCGAGUGCA